CUUGUAGGAGCUCGCUGCAGCUGCAACGCGGUGGAGGAGUGGGAGGAGGAAUUCCGCAAUGUGCGCAGGGCCUGGCAGCCAUAUGGUGGCCCCUAAGGGUGGUGCCAAUGGUGGUGGCACAAGCCUCGGGCCAGAACUUUACCUUCCGCCUCAGUCGUCAACUGCUUAGCGGCCAGGACACACAUCUAGUCAGCGGAAUAAAUCAGCGCCAGUCGAAGUAGCCAAGAUGAUACCGCAGAGCGAGAGCCCUCAGACCCAGGAUACCUACGUCAAGGAAUCCCAGUUUUCCGAGCAUUGCGGCCAGAGUCGUUGUGGGCAGGCCCAAACUGCCUUCGAGGUUUACCAGAGACUCGUGGACCGAUUACAAAUCCAUCCACAAGAAAUGGGCAAACAACCGAACAGAAACGAGCUGGAGAGGCAAAUCUGGCUAGCCAGCUUCACGGGAAGGCCGCUACAAUAUCAAUGCUAGUUCAAUCCAGCCAAAAAACCUUUGUUAAAGAUUUAUGUACAUCAAAAAAUAAUUGCAAUAUGUUAAUGUAUACCUAGUUGAUAGUAAAAUGUAUUCACUCCCUGAAAGUAAAAAGAAUAAACGACUUUUUCUUU